CGUCUCGUCGUCGACAAAAUUUUGUUGGCUGUCAUCACCGUUCUACGUAUUUCAAGCGUUUAUAGAGCAACCGGCUUGUCCGCUCAACAUGCCGGAAUACUUGACGGUUAGCUUGGAUAGGAAACCGUGGAACACUAUAGAGGAGAGUGUGCAUAGUUUUAUGUACACCCUGACCAGCUUGCUGGGCUUCACACUGGGUUAUCUGUACUGUCAGAAGAUGCCACCCAACCGACGCUUUCUCGUGGAGGGACUGCUCGUUAUUUUGCCGAAUGUUUUGAAUUCGACUGUCAAUGUUAAAUUCAAUGAUUGGUUCUGCGUGGUGUCCAUUGUGCUGAUUCUGUAUAGGGUGUGGCGUACGCGUUUCUGGCAGGAAUUGGAUAACCGUACGUUCGAUGUGGGCAAGCGGCCGGUGGUGUUUACUUUGUUGCGUUCGAACGCCUAUAUUGGGGUCUGUGCUGCUAUCUUGGCUGUGGACUUUCCCCUCUUUCCGCACGCGUGUCGCAAAAGUCGUUACUUUGGUGCUUCGGUGAUGGACUUGGGAAUUGGUGUGUUUGUGUGGAACAUGGGUUUGGUUUCUCAUCGGGCUCGAAACUUAAGGGACUUGGGUCGACUGCCCAAGGUGGUGGCGCCGCUGCUGGUGCUGGGCCUGGGACGCACCUUGAUUAUAUCAUUGAUCAACUAUAAUCAGGAUGAGCACGAGUAUGGCACGCACCUAAAUGCCUUCUUCAUGCUGGGCUUCACUAAGCUAUUUGGAUCGCUCUGCACCUUGGCUGUGCGCUCAGAUUGGCAGCUGCUCCCUUUGUCGUUAGGCAUUCUCUUUCUGCAGGAGUUAGGUCUGCAAAUGGGGCUUUCAAACUUUGUCAUGUCUGAGAGUGCAGGGCGCGAGAAUUUGCUAACCGCUAACCGUGAGGGUCUUAGUGCCUUACCCGGAUGCAUUGGUCUUUAUAUCUUCAGUAUUUACUUUGCCAAAUGGUACACAUCCAAACAGACGCUUAGCUACGUGGAGAUGCGACGCAAGCUCUGCCAAAUGCUGAUAAUGUCCAUUUCUAGUUGGUGUUUGGUUUUCGUCAGCGCCCAUGUACUGGGAAUUGCCCGCGUUACCUUCAGCGCUGGCUACAACAUCUGGGUUUUUGCCACUUGCGCCUCUUUGCUUCUAAUCUACAUGUUGCUGUACGAGUUGGCAUUGAAGCCGUCCAACCAGGAGGCACAGCAGCAGCUCAUUGGCGAUGCCGAGGCGCCCACAAAGACACAACAAAUUCAGCUACCGAUGUUCGUGGAGGCGCUCAAUAUGAAUGGACUCUUGCAUUUUAUGCUCUCCAAUUUGCUCACAGGAUUUGUCAACAUGACGCUAAAGCCGGACGAGCGCAACCGUUUCGAGAGUGUUCUUAUAAUGACCAUUUAUAUGCUGAGCAGUUCGUGCGUUUCUUUUGUCCUUUAUCGCAGGGGCAUACGAAUCGCUUGAGUAUGCGAAACAGCAGCUGCCGUUGCAGUUGCUGGUAAUGUGAUAUUUCCAUUUUACACUCUAUUACAUAAAAAACACAAAAGUUGUUUCUUAGAACUUGUAAAUAAAUUUCGUAUUUAAUAAGAUAAAUUUUUUAAAUCAUAAAGGAUUGUUAGUGUUAAGUUUCA